CGUGCGAUGGAUCGAUGGUAUAGAUUCAAAAAGCUAAAAAAAGUAUUGAAUGGAUGUCUAUGGCGAGAGGUUGUAAUGGAGAAAGGAGACAUCACUAUGAUAAAGAGAGAUCAUGUACGAUCUAUUAAGUUGUUUGGAAGGUUCAAGGAGCAAUUGCAAAAACCAUGA